GGCCUGCCCAGGCUCCUCCACAAAGAUUUCAAAAAUGGAGCCUUUCACAACUAGUUAUCCUCUGAAAUACUCAGUGCACAAAGCCAGGAUCUUUGUUGUCUUCCUGUCAAUGGUUUUGUGCACCACCAUUCUCUGCCUGCUGCAACUCAGGCUUUUUAAACCUAAAAUCAAAGAUUUUUAUUCUUUUGAAGUCAAGGAUUCACGUGGAAGGAUUAUUUCUCUGGAGAAGUACAGAGGGAAAGCAACUUUGGUUGUAAACGUGGCCAGUUACUGCCAAUACACAGACAAAAAUUACAUCGCCCUGCAAGAGCUGCACAGAGAGUUUGGUCCCUCCCACUUCACUGUGCUGGCGUUUCCCUGCAACCAGUUCGGAGAAUCAGAGCCUGGCUCAAGCCAGGAAAUAGAAUCUUUUGCCAAAGGAAACUAUGGAGUAACAUUCCCUGUUUUCCACAAAAUCAAGAUCCUAGGAUCAGAAGCAGAUCCCGCCUUUAAAUUUCUAAUAGAUUCUUCAAAGAAAGAGCCUCGAUGGAAUUUCUGGAAGUAUCUUGUUAACCCUGAGGGUAAAGUCGUGAAGUUCUGGAGACCUGAAGAGCCAAUAGAAAGUAUCAAACCAGAGGUAACAUCAUUAAUCAGGCAGAUUAUCAUGAAGAAAAGAGAAGACCUCUGAAAAAGCUGUUCAACCCCAUGGGUAUACAGCCUUUCUACAUUCCUGGGAAACGUUGCUAGAAGCUAAACCAUCAGGUGAUUUUGCUAGUCUUUAACUUUGGUUUGCAAUUUGUCUUCUAGUUCUGGACUGGCUCCUGCAGUGGCCUCAAGAACACUGAGGUUACUGACACAGUGAGGCACUCAGUACUUUGCAGAAGGGACCAUCAAUUUGCAUAAAGGGUUUAUGAUUCCUUUUCAACAGCUAAUUAAAAAUUUCACCAGCAGGUAAAUAGUUAGAAAGAAGGUUUAUUAAUAAAUUACUCAUAUUUACACAGUUUUUUUCCCCCAUCUACCAGUAACACAGAGAUUUUAUAUUCUAUUAACACAUAAUUACCCUGUCAAGAAAGACAUGGGACCCAGAGACAUCCAUAGCAGGGUUUCAUAUAUAUAACUGAACAUACCAGCUUUGCAAUAUCUUCUCAAGGAAGACUACUGAACUGUGAAACUGCCCGUUGCAAAAAAAUGUACAUGGAAAAUAAAAUUAUUAAAAGAAGCACCAAAAUUGAAAUAAAGUUUGCUUGCUGCUUCA